GCUGUUCACUUAAUCGGCUAAUCGUUCACUUUGUUGUUUUCUAUUUGUUGUUUAUUCUCAUUGCUGUGAAUAACAAUUUGGUUAUUAUUUCCAAUAUUCCAGGAAUUCAGUUAAUCUGAAUGUUUUAAAUUAUUUUUUUUCUCUCUCUGUUUUUUCUCUCUCUCAAAAAGAUGAAUCGUGAUCAUCGUAACAAUGAAGAAAGAUACUCUCAUUUCGCAUUUCUUCAUGUAAAACCAGCAUCAUUGUUCAUUGGUGGUUAUUUUUUUACAACAUCUGUACUUAAACUAAUUAAGCUCUCAUCUGGAUAUAAUAUUCGACCUGAAGAUGACAUGCGAAGGUUUAUGGCUGUCAACCGACCAACUUCUACUCUUUUAUUUAUGAUUCAUCUACUGGUGGCCAUUGUGUCCGCCAUUUUAAUUUAUGGUGUAACUAAAUCUAAAGCUUCCUAUUUGAUGCCAUUUUUUGGUAUACAAUUGUACCAUUUUCUUUUCUCCCUGCCAUCAUCUCUAUCUCAGCUUAAUGUUUCUGCAAAUCAAUACAGAAAUCACUAUGGUUCAAAUACAGUAACUAGUCCAUCAGAUGUUCGUUCAAUCUUACGAGCUGAUGCAACUCAUACAUUUUCAGUGUUGGCAACACUUAUCGAUUUCCUUUGUGACAUAUGCUUCAUCUGUAUUAUAUGGAAAUGCUAUCGAUAUUUAAAAAUGAAAGAGAUCCAAGCAUCUUUAACUCUACCAUAUAACAUUGACCUUGAGAUCGUGGUACCAUCAGAAGUAGUCAGUACAACCAAUAUAACUCCCCCCGACUACGAGACAGCAAUUAAAGACAGUCCGCCCCCUGAUUACGAGUCCGCCGUUAAAUUACAAACCACUAGUGUGACACCUUCGAUAUACACAAUUGACAACAAUUAGCAAAUAAAAAUCAUGAAUUAAAUUAUGAUGAUGAUGAUGAUGACAAAGUUUUCACUGUUAAUCUCAUUGAAAUGAAGACUGAAAACUAAAUUAAUCCCAAUUAUUGAUUAUGUGAAACAAUUGACAUUUUAAAAAGUUAUCAAUGAUUAGUAACUGUUUUGAUUGUUAGUCUGAUGUUUAUAUCUUUCAUUUAAAUUGUUUCUUGAUUACUUUGGGUAAAUCUUUCAAUGAGGUAAACAAAAAAGUAAUCAAUUAAAUUGUUAACUGAGAACAGGUUUCCUUUGUUAAUUGUUGUUUAAUCAUCAACUUUACUUGUAUCAUAUUUAACUUUUAAUUUAUUAUAAUAAUGAUAUCCUUGAA